AUGUCUGAAGAAUCUAACAUCGAUAUGGAGGCAUCGAUGAUCAAAGACAUACGCAAGUAUCUCUGUCAGUAUUGUGGAAUCAGCAGAUCGAAGAAAUACCUCAUCACUUCACACAUCCUUUCUCAUCAUAAGAUGGAGAUCGAAGAGGAAAGAGAAGAUGAAGCUUGUGAGAUUGAGGAAGAAGCUUUAGGUAAACAUAGUUGCCAAGAAUGUGGUGCUGAGUUUAAGAAACCUGCUCAUUUGAAGCAGCAUAUGCUGAGUCAUUCGAUCGAGAGACCUUUUACAUGCUAUGUGGACGAUUGUGCUGCAAGUUAUAGGAGAAAGGAUCAUCUCAAUAGGCAUCUACUUACACAUAAAGGGAAGCUCUUUAAGUGUCCUAUGGAGAAUUGCAAGAGUGAAUUCUCAAUUCAGGGAAAUGUCGGUAGACAUGUUAAGGAAAUGCAUAAAAAUGGCGAUGCUAGUAAGGAUGAUACUGGUAAUGGCGAUUCUCGUCCCACGGAAUGUGCUACUAGUCAGAAGCCACAUCUCUGCCAAGAGAUUGGUUGUGGUAAAGCCUUUAGGUAUCCUUCACAGCUGCAAAAACAUCAGGAUUCUCAUGUGAAAUUGGAUUCGGUUGAGGCAUUUUGUUCUGAACCUGACUGUAUGAAGUACUUUACAAAUGAGGAGUGCCUCAAGACACACAUAAGAUCCUCCCAUCAGCACGUCAACUGUGAGAUAUGCGGUUCUAAGCAUUUGAAGAAGAAUAUCAAGAGACACCUACGGACUCAUGACGAAGAUUCCACACCAGGAGUAUUCAAAUGCGAAGUUGAGGGAUGUUCUUCGACAUUCUCAAAGUCUUCUAAUCUUCAGAAACACGUGAAAGCAGUGCACGAGGAUAUCCGACCCUUUGUCUGCGGGUUUCCAGGUUGUGGCAUGAGAUUUGCUUACAAACAUGUCAGAAACAACCACGAGAAUUCCGGGUGCCACGUAUACACCUGCGGUGAUUUUGUUGAAACCGAUGAAGAUUUCACUUCAAGACCAAGAGGUGGAGUAAAGAGAAAGCAAGUUACAGCGGAAAUGCUGAUACGGAAGAGGGUCAUGCCUCCGCAGUUUGAUUCAGAAGAGGAACACAAGACUUGCUAG